UGUCAGCGAGAGUGGUUGUGUUUUUGUGUCAGAUUUCUUAGAAAAUAUCGACUAAAGUUUGUGAUUAUUAUUCGUGAAAUCUCACGAAUUCGGUAGGUGGCAGGAAUACAGCUGCGUAGCAUAGCUCGCUGCGCCACAACAGUGCGAAUAUCAUACUAUUGAUUAUAGAACAUAUUGUAUCUCGGGCACGUGGUUGUGUGCGUGUGGAUACUGCUCAGUGUUGCCAGCUACAAGAUGCAGCACGGGAUUUACUAGAUUUACUCCGCGGAUUAUGACUAGCCGUGUUGAUGCUGCUACAUGAUGCAAUUAGCGGAGCUAAUGAAACCAGCAGGCGAUCGAAAAAGUAGGCAGCGGAUCGACAGCGAAAAUACCUCGCACUUGUAAACGAAGCGAGCUGCACAGAUUUACAUGACCCAUGUGCGCGACACAGAUAGAAAGAGUGUAAAUCGUUACUAGCACGACAUCUAAAUCGCGAUAGAGCGCCCAAAAUGUCAACAGUUUCCGCAUUUCACAGUGAUUCGUCUGCGGGCGCUACCGCCGUACCAACAACACAACUGUCUACAUUUCCAAAUCGAAUUUGUAGAAGAAAAGUUAAAGAUUUUAAUGAUAGUUUAAUAUGCUCGCUAUGCAAAGGCUACCUAAUUGAGGCUACUACUGUGAACGAUUGUCUACAUGCAUUUUGCCGGUCCUGCAUCGUGCGAUAUUUGGAAAGUAAUAAAUUCUGCCCCAAAUGUAAAUCGUACAGCAACAAAACCAUCACGGUGGCUAAUUUAAGGCCGGAUCGGAUAUUAAAAUCGUUGGUGUACAAACUGGUUCCGGGGCUGUACAAGUCGGAAAACCAAAGAGUGGCUAAAUUCUAUGCCGAUCAAUGCCAAGACGACUCGUCCGCUGCUGGCCGCGGAAAGGGCCUGGAGCACAACUACAUGGACGAUCAGAACUUUUUUUCACCGGAUGAACUGAUUAGCUUAUCGUUACAGUAUCAUCAUGACUCGAUAGCCGAUUACGAUCCCAAAUCCACUACGCUACCCAUUACCUAUCUGCACUGUCCGGCCGCCGUCACCAUUCACCAUCUGUACAAAUUCAUCCUGACCAAAAACGGGCUUCAACUGGGCAACGAGAGAAUCCAGAUGGACAUCAUCUACGAAGACGAAAUUCUACCGCACGAGUUCACACUGAUGGAUGUGGCGUACUGCUACGAUUAUAAGCGGGUGAGUGUUGAAAAGGAAAUGUUUUGCUUUCAUUACGAAGGUGGAAUUCUAUUGCUUUGUGGUGCUGUAGUAAUGUUUGGGAAGUUAACGAACACUGAAGAAACCAUGUUUUUCGAUGAUUCGGCAAUGCAUCUCUCAGUGAAAUCUGAUAAUUCAUCAAACCUGAACCUUUUGGAAGCUAACGGUACUGCUAAAUUUCUACCACCAUCAAUUGUAGAUGAAGCUCAAUUAAAUCUGGUUGUUGAAGGUACAGACACUAAUGCUGAUAGUGUGUCCAUGAAUUGUACUGAUCCUACGGAUAUUGUGGAAGUAAACCCAAUAACGAUUGAAGCAGUUACAGAAACGAGUGAAUCAAAUUGCAUCAACUUUGAUUUUGGAGAAAUGCUCAUCACAGUUGAUACUCAAAAUCAAGAAUAUUCCGAUUGUACUACUGAAAUAGAUUUAGCUCAAACAGAAUCUGAGCUCAUCACAUCAGUUUCAUGUUCUGGAAAUGAACAGCCUUUAUAUUCAACAGAGAUCACUGAAAAUAGCUCUCAGAAAAAAGGUAUGUCGCGAUUUUUGACAGAACCAGACACGCCCAAAAAGAAGAAUAAAAAAUUCAAACGACAAAAGAGUCCUCCAGUUUUAACUUCGAAGAAGCGUUUAGAGCUACAUCUUCAAAAAGAACAAGAGAAAGAGAAUAUGCGAUUGGAAAAACUUAAAAAAGUGGAAAACAAACGUAUGGAAAAGAUGAAACGAGCACAUGAGAAGCAAUUGAUCAUGAUUAAAAAAGCAACUGAUAGGCUUCAACGUUUAAAUGAUGGUUUAAAAUAA